AAUGCGCCUGCCCGCGAGGAGCCCCCGGCACACGCGCCGAGUGGCAGCCAGGCGGCAGCUCCGUGCGGCCAUCUCUGUCCAGGCCAGCCUUCCCCGCCGGGACCCGCUCCCUCUCCGCCCUCGGUCUCCGCUUGCUUCUUGGCUUUUGUCUCCUCGCUGCCUCCUCUCCGCUGCUGUCACACAUGCCGUGCUCGCUCCGUCCCUCCGUCCGCCCAGGGCUGCGGGAGCUCCCCGGGGCCCGGGACGAUGGGGUCGCGGUGCCGGCCCUCCGCGGCGGCCUCUGAAGCGGAAAGCUGCGAGCUGCCCAGGCUCUGACCGGGGCGCUGCCAGGACGCUGGGGCUGCAGGAGAGGGGCUUGCCUCGGUUCCCAGUGACCUGACAGCAGAGGAGCGUCAGGAGCUGGAGAACAUCCGGCGGAGAAAGCAGGAGCUGCUGGCUGACAUUCAGAGGCUGAAGGAUGAGAUAGCAGACGUGGCUAAUGAAAUCGAAACCCUGGGGUCCACAGAAGAAAGGAAGAACAUGCAGAGGAACAAGCAGGUGGCCAUGGGCAGGAAGAAGUUUAACAUGGACCCUAAAAAGGGGAUCCAGUUCUUGAUAGAGAACGACCUGCUGAAGAACGCUUGCGAGGACCUCGCCCAGUUCUUGUACAAAGGGGAAGGCCUCAACAAGACAGCCAUUGGUGACUACCUGGGGGAGAGAGACGAGUUUAAUAUCCAGGUUCUUCACGCGUUUGUGGAGUUACAUGAGUUCACUGACCUUAACCUUGUCCAAGCGUUACGGCAGUUCCUGUGGAGCUUCCGGCUGCCGGGAGAGGCCCAGAAGAUCGACCGCAUGAUGGAGGCGUUCGCCCAGCGAUACUGCCGGUGCAAUAACGGCGUGUUCCAGUCCACAGACACUUGUUAUGUCCUCUCGUUUGCCAUCAUCAUGUUGAACACCAGCCUGCACAACCCCAACGUCAAAGACAAGCCCACCGUGGAGAGGUUCAUCGCCAUGAAUCGCGGCAUCAACGACGGAGGAGAUCUGCCCGAGGAGCUGCUCCGGAAUCUGUAUGAGAGCAUAAAAAACGAACCCUUUAAAAUCCCAGAAGACGACGGGAAUGACCUCACCCACACUUUCUUCAAUCCAGACCGAGAAGGCUGGCUGUUGAAACUCGGUGGCAGGGUCAAGACUUGGAAAAGGCGCUGGUUUAUUCUGACCGACAACUGCCUUUACUACUUUGAAUACACAACGGAUAAGGAGCCCCGGGGAAUCAUCCCGUUAGAGAAUCUGAGUAUCCGGGAGGUGGAAGACUCCAAAAAACCAAACUGCUUCGAGCUCUACAUCCCCGACAACAAAGACCAAGUAAUCAAGGCCUGUAAGACCGAGGCCGAUGGGCGGGUGGUGGAAGGGAACCACACGGUCUACCGCAUCUCAGCCCCGACGCCCGAGGAGAAGGACGAGUGGAUUAAAUGCAUCAAAGCAGCCAUCAGCAGGGACCCUUUCUAUGAGAUGCUGGCGGCGCGGAAGAAGAAGGUCUCCUCCACGAAAAGACACUGAGCCUGCGCAGUGAGCGGCCCCCGGCGUGCGAGGCGUGCGAGGCCCUGGGCUCUGUCUCCCGUCCCCCCCCCACGGGCGGGGCCGGGCUGCCGAGCAGGGGCGUCACCUGCUGGGAGUCACCCCGGAUUCCUAGACACUGGCUUCAGCUCUCGCUGUCUGUUUUUAAGUGGGAGAGGGUAGGCGGUGGCACCGGCGGGGAGGGCAGGGAUGCCCGAGCAGCGGGGGGGGUCUUGAGCCUUUCUCUCCGGAAAGAACAGAGCCCAGCCCGUCGGCAAACCCGCCCCCUUCAGGUCUCUCGCUCGGCAGGUCUGACAGCGGAGCUCGAAGCCAACUGGUUACCUCUCGGUUAUCUCCCUGUGAAGAAGCCUUCAACCCUGCACCGAAAACACACGUGCCGAUAUAUUAGUAUAUCCUGAGAAAAAAGUGGAACGGAAGACAAGCCACGUACUAUAAAGAUAUAUUUUUGUGUUUUAAAAGAAAGAAAAAGUUAAAGUAGCGCCUUUGCACGGCGUUCUGCCCGGCGUGGUGGCCUCUCCGGGGCGGCAGGUUCCCGGGCAGCUGGCGGGUGCUGCGGGGGCUCCGACCCGGCCGGGACUCCGUGCCCCGCGGCCUGCGGCGGCCCGCAUCUCCCUUCCAAGUGCCGGGGGCGCCGAGGGGAGGAGAGGGUCCCGGCUGCUCAUCUUCUCUCUUUCCAAAUCCUUCUUGUUGGGCUUUAAGAUGCAAGGUCAGCCUUUUCCUUGAGCUAAAUACCCAGUAACCAAAACUGUGAGGACGGUGACCCCAGCGAGGUUCCGGCUGAUCUGCUUCUGACUUGGUGGCUCCCCGUCCCCCAGACCUUCCUCCUCGUUUUAGAGGACGGGGGUCUUCCCUGAUCACCUUAGGUCUUCGGCUCCUCUGCCUCAAAGCCAGCCCCGCCCUGGGCGCAUAUUGGGGGGGGGGGGGCCCGAGAGGCAGGUGGGGCGAGGGGUGACGAGGCCGGCCUCAACUGGAGCUGGCCUCGCCCCUCCUAACUUACGGUGUGAAGGGAGCCACGAAAGGCAGUCGUCCUGCUGUUCUCUCAGGGACUCUCGGGGCCGCUCCUGCCGCUCGUCCGGGCUGGAUGGCGCCUGGCCCGGGCCAUCCCGGCGCCCCCAAACGGCCGGGGACCAGGCGGUGCACGCGCUGCCUCACGGAAGAGGAGCUGGCGGUCUCCUCGGGCCGCGCCACCCCUGCUCCGCCGGCACCGUUGUGUGGAAAUCGCUUCCGUAAAAGGGCACGAAGGGGGUGCUGAGCGGCGUACCCUCUGGGGCCCCCCACUUCAUACAGGUCCUACCGGGGCUCGUGAGGGCGGCGGAAGGGGGUCUGGGCUGGAUGCCCGCGGCCGGCCGGGUCCCGUGCCCCGGUUCUGGCAGAUAGCAGAGAGGCCCCUGCGUCAGUAUUCGUCUAUUUAUCAGAGGUGUACAUAAUCCGUGUAUAGUUUUUCUCCUUUUAGAUUAUUUUGUAUUUGUUUAAAAAAAAAGAAAAGUUUUGUCAAAAGAUAAAAUAUAAAGAAAUGACUGAAAGUUGUCGACAGGGUUUCAAAAAACGUAUAAUUAUUAUCCCAGUUGUCUUGCGUUUGUAUUUUUGUUUCUUUGUUUUGUUCUGUUUUGUUUUUUUUGGCAUUGGAAACGAGCGCCAAGGAACCGCAGCGAAUAAACUCCGUCUGCCCAAAGCAGCUGUGUCGUGUGCGGCCUCCUUUGUUCCCUGGUGACCGUGAGCAGGAGGGCCGCGGCCGGCGGGCGCGCCCAGGCGGGGGCCGAGUGACCUCGGUCGCGCGGCCGGCCGGCCGUCUGUCCGCGGUCCGGCAGUAACGCACGUGGGAAGUCGGGCGAGGCGCUGUCUUGUGCUCUGCAGGAGACCGCUCACCGCUCGCCCCCUUUUGUCUCAGAGAAACAAGGGACCAACCUCCAACGUCGAGCUAAGGUCGAGAAAUGCGCCUUCGGCUGGUGGAACACGCGUCGCGUGUUUUUUCAGUUUGCAGACGUGCCCACGCGGCACCGGGGAAGAGUCGCGGGGAGCCGGAACCGCCCAGAACACGGACGGGCCCGGGCCUGCCCCUCACUGGCGGUCCUUUCCCUGAAACAGCAGCGCGUUCCCGUUCCCGUUCCCGUUCCCAUCCUUGCUUCUCGCGGGUUUGGGGCGCUUCGCCUCCAGGCCUUCUCGAUCUCUGCGGGCGUCUGGAGCAGGUAGCGCCUCCUAAACCCGUGCACCGCGGUCCUCUGCAAGGGGCGUCUCGGAGAGACCAGCGUUCCUCUGCGCGCUUGGGGCCGGCGCCGCCCUUUUCCGUCGAUCCCAGACCUCUUGCUCACAGCCCAGCCCUCCCUCCCCUUCCUCGCUGGGCACCUGCAGUGUUUCUCGUGGACCAGCUGUCUCCCGCCUGGCCGCCCCUGCCGGCGCCCUCCCUUCUGCGCGGGAGCCCUUCCCCCGUCUGUUCCCGGGAUGUCCUCCUCCUCCCAGAGACCCCGGCCCAGCCACCCCACCCCACGUCCCUGCCACGUCCCUGGACUCCCCAUCACCACCUGCACUACACUGACUCUCUUCUGUUGGGGAAGGAACGCUCUUUGUUGUACGGCUGGCUGAGUCUUGGGUUGGUUUUUUUUUUAAGUUUAUUUAUUUUGAGAGGGGGGCGGGGAGACAGAGAAUCCCAAGCAGGCUCCGUGCUGUCCACGCACAGCCCAACGCAGGCUUGAACCCACGAACCGUGGGAUCGUGACCUGAGCCGAAAUCAAGAGUCGGACGCUCAACCGACUGAGCCACCCAGGCACCCACAGCUCGCUGAGUUUUACGUAACCACGCUGCAUUUAAAUUGUACGGUGGUUUGUCUCAGCCCAGGCAGGGUCCCCCAGAGCCUUCCUCACUCCGUGCUCGUAAACACCACAGGGAAGCAGGAACCACUUGGUCCUGCACACAAGAAGCUUCAGGAUCUGCGCCAGAGGCCCUUCUGGACAGGGCUGCUCCAUCACCGGCCGAUUUGGGGGCCACCACUCUUUAGGCCUUCAUCACCAAGGGCCCUGGCCUGACCGAGGGCCAGAGAGCGCGAGGCGUGACCCGACACUCUGCCGGGGUAGCGAGAACGUCCCGAUUCCAGCCCCCAGCCCCCCACGACCGCUUGGCUGAGCCCAGCGGGGCCGGGUGUUGGGCCAGCCUCCCUGAGAAGCCGCCCAGACCCCAUGAACGCAGGGGGCUUUGCCGUGCCUGCCUCUGCCCGGUGGGGUUCGGGGGAGGAGGGCCUGAGCAGAGUGGACGUGGGGUCUGUUUUGCUCUUUACUUGGGUUGCCAGGAAGCUCAGGGUCAGGGGCGCAGUCCGUCCUGCGACCCGGUCCUGCUUUUUUCACUUACCCUGCUUCUUUUAUUUUUAUUAAUAGACGGUAUUUUUUAGAGCAGUUUUAGGAUUGCAGUGAUACUGAGGGGGCGGUACAGAGAUUUCCCGUUGGCCUCCUGCCCCCGCAUCGGCACAGCUGCCCUCCCCCCCAUCCGCAUCCUGCCAGGGGGUCCGUGUGUUACAGCUGACAGGCCUCCACUGCCACAUCGGCAUCCCGCAGAACCCACAGUGGGCACUCGGGCUCCCUCUGUGGCUUUGGACAGACAUGACGAGCUGUAGCCAUCGUUACAGCAUCGUACAGAAGACAUUCGCUGCCCUGGACGUGCUUCCUGCUCCCCCCGUCCGUCCCUCCCUCCCCGCUGGCCCCCAGCAGCCGCGUUUUGACCCUUUGUCUAUUCUGUUCUUACCGUAACAUCAAUCUGAAUUUAUAAUCUCCAUCUUUUUUUUUUUUUAAAGCAGAAAUUUAAGGGGGCGUCCGGGUGGCUCAGUUGGUUGACUCUUGAUUUCAUCUCAGGUCACGGUCUUGUCCUGAGAUCGAGCCCCACACUGGGCUCCGUGCGAACCGUGCAGAGCCCGCUUGGGAUUCUCUCUCUCUCUCUCUCUCUCUCUCUCUCUCUCUCUCUCUCUCACACACACACACACA